AUGAGGGCUGCACAGGGAAAACCUGUAAAGGGAAACUUAUUAGAGACUACAGCCUCUACUAAAUACUUCGAAGUUUUCGUACUCCGAGAGAACUUAUUUGCUAAAGAUAUUAUAUUUGCUAAGGGCACUAAAGCUACUAAAGCCACAAAAUUCACUUCAAGCACGAAAUUCAAUAAAUUCAAUAAUCGAAUUUAUUGA